AUGGCUGAGAUGGCUAGAAGGAUGGUAUCUUUGAAGUUCGAUGAAGUCGCAAUUUGGCUGAUCACGAGGUUUAGGAUUUCUAUUAGGUCCGAGUUUGUCUUGUUCAUGUUCGUGACAUUAGGAGAUUGGACAGCAUUUGGUGGUGAACAGACUUGGGCGUAUGUUAGGGACUUGGGUUGGAUGAUUGAGGUUUGUGGUGUAGAGGCUGGUUGGAGUUCUAGAGGGUGUUUCUGUUCAGAGAUGCUGCUUUGGUGUAGGCAGGACACUUCCGGUAGAUAG